AUGUCUGUUAUCCAAAAACACACUCACUCUUUACAAGAACUAAACCCUGAGAAGGAGAGUUGGAAUAUCCUUGCAAGAGUUGUAUGGUUAUGGUUUGUUGAAGAUUACACAAAAGGAAAAACUCAAUUUUCCAUGGAAAUUGUUCUUCAAGACCAAGAGGGUGUACUAAUCCAUGCAUUUGUUAGACGCACAUUGAUAUACAAAUUCCAGUCUGAAAUCAAAGAGGACAAGGUUUACACCAUCCAAUCUUUGAGUGUUUCAUGUAAUGGUGGUUCUUAUAGAACCACAAAACAUGCCUAUAAGAUCAACUUCCAAUUUGAAACCAAGGUCAAUAUGGUUCAAAGUACCUUAGUUCCGAAAACUACAACUUCAUACACCCCUUUUUCAACAAUCAUAGCUGCUGGUUUUGACACAGAUUACUUAGUUAAUGUGAUUGGGAUGUUUACUGGUGUUGGAAUAGAGAGGGAGCUAGAGAAAGCUGGUAAGAAAACCAAAAUGAAUGUCAUCCUUAUGGAAGCUGAUGGGAUGUGGGAUAAUACUGAAUCUCCUUCUCAAGCUCUUACCCAACUUUGUGCUUCUUCUAAAGUUAGCUUAGAAGAUGAUUUCAUUAAGUUGCAUCCUAGGAGUUCAAUUGAAGGAAAGUACUUUUGUAGUAAAAGCUACUAUCAAACAUGUGCUAGAUCAUGA